AUGGCUGACCACGCUGAUGAUCUUAUCGAUUACGAGGAGGAGGACGAGGAGACUCUCCAGCCGGCUUCCGGCGAUGCCGCUGACGGUGACGCCAACACCGCAGAUGCCAAGAACAACAAGGGCAGCUAUGUUGGUGUGCACUCGACCAGUUUCCGCGACUUCCUGAUGAAGCCCGAGCUCCUCCGUGCCAUCGUUGACUGCGGUUUUGAGCACCCGUCCGAGGUGCAGCAGGAGACUAUUCCGGCGGCGAUUAACGGCAAUGACGUUCUUUGUCAGGCCAAGUCUGGUUUGGGCAAGACCGCGGUGUUUGUCCUGGCCACGCUUAACAAGAUUACGCCGGUGCCCGGCGCUGUGUCGGCGAUUGUUCUGUGCCACACGCGUGAGCUUGCGUACCAGAUCAAGAACGAGUACAUGCGUUUCAGCAAGUACCUGCCUGAGAUCAAGACUGAGGUGUUUUACGGUGGUGUGCCGAUGAAGCACGACCAGGAUAUCCUUGGCGAUAAGGAUAAGUGCCCCAACAUUAUUGUUGGCACGCCUGGUCGCAUUCUCGCCCUGCUGCGCGACCGCACUCUGCGUCUGUCCAGCGUCAGCAGCUUUGUUGUUGACGAGUGCGACAAGGUCCUCGACUCUAUUGAUAUGCGCCGCGAUGUGCAGGAGAUUUUCAAGGCCACGCCGCAUAACAAGCAGGUACUGAUGUUCAGUGCCACUCUGAGCAAGGAGAUCAAGCCGGUGUGCAAGAAGUUCAUGCAGGAUCCUCGCGAGAUCUACGUUGACGACGAGGCCAAGCUGACUCUCCACGGUCUGCAACAGUACUACGUGACCUUGCCCGAGGCCGGCAAGAACCGCAAGCUGAGCGACAUCCUUGAUUCUCUCGAGUUCAACCAGGUUGUUAUUUUCGUCAAGUCCCUGCAGCGCGCCAAGCUGCUCAACAAGCUGCUCAACAGCUGCAACUUCUCGUCUACCUGCAUCCACUCGGGCAUUCCCCAGCCGGAGCGCAUUGAGAUUUACAAGAAGUUCAAGGACUUUUCGUCGCGCAUUAUGGUUGCCACCGACAUUAUUGGCCGCGGUAUUGAUGUUGAGCGCGUCAAUAUUGUUAUCAACUAUGAUAUUUCGAGCGACGCUGACUCGUACCUUCAUCGCGUUGGUCGUGCCGGUCGCUUUGGUACCAAGGGCCUGGCCAUUACCUUUGUGUCGACCGACGAGGACAAGAAGAUCCUUGAGUCCGUGCAGGAGCGCUUCGAGGUCAACAUCAACGAGCUGCCCGCUGACAUUGACCCCAAGACCUACAUGACCUCGUAA